GAACCUCCCACAAGGACAGACGAAUUGUGGCGGGUCGCAUUACCAGCCAUUGGCUUUCUGUGUUAGCUGCUUUUUUUUCUAGGCGCCACCAUGACGGGAGGAAAGGAGCUAGGGGCGGCUGUGGCGUUGUAUGAGCGGCUGCAGAAGCUCUCCUGUCCAUGUUUAGAGGGUGUGUAUCUCACAGAUCCUCAGAGUAUACAUGAGCUGCUCUGUACCCCAUCAAGUCAUCGUUUGGAUGUCCUACAGUGGCUGUGCUCAAGAAUUUACCCUCCUGUUCAAGAACAGUUAUCAUCUUUAAAGGAAUCUCAAACAGACAUUAAAGUAAAAGAAAUUGCCAAGCUUUGCUUUGACCUCAUGCUUUGCCAUUUUGAUGACCUGGAUCUAAUUAAAGGACAUGCCAGCCCUCUCAAACAGAUCUCCUUUAUAGAGCAGCUAUUGGAUGUCAUCCAGUUUCCUGACAUAAUUUCAAAUAAUGUCACACUUGAAUCGUUGUCUCACAGCACAGAAAAAAAUAUUGUAACCUGCAUUCGAGAAAACGAAGAGUUUUUGAAAGAAUUAUUUUCCAGUCCUCAUUUUUAUGCCACCCUUAGCCCUGAGUGCAACCCCUGGCCUGCAGACUUCAAACCUAUUCUAACGGCUGAGGAAUCUCUUCAGAAAAGGGCACCCCAGACUAGCAUGGGAAAAAAUAUGAGCAAUUCUGUAGAAGCUUUACAGGAAAUUUCUUUAUCGCUAGAAGCAUUAAAAGAAGAGUGUGUGGAUCUCUGCAGCUCUGUGGCUGAUGGUGAUAAAGUUAUUCAGACUCUGAGGCUGGCCUUGACUGAUUUCCAUCAACUGACUGUAGCCUUUAAUCAAGUUUAUGUGAAUGAGUUCCAGGAGCACUGUGGCCAUCCUACCCCUCAGAUGAGCCCUGCGGGACCUUUUUUCCAAUCUGUCCACCAGUCACUUAGCACCUGCUGCAAGGAGCUUGAAUCCAUUGCCCAGUUUACAGAAACUUCUGAGAAAAUUGUAAAUGUGGUGAAUGAGAGGUAUCAGUCUAAGGAGAAAUGGUCAGGAAGCUCUAUUUCCACACUGUAUGAGAAAAUGAAGGAACUGAGACAGAGCUAUGAGGCAUUUCAACAAAGUUCAUUGCAGGACUGAAGAACUAUGAGCCAUUGGAACUUCCAUGCUACCACAAAAACCAUGUAUUUUAAAAAUGACUGUUGGAAUAAAAGCAUGCUACCUACUACCCCUUUUCAUAUUGCAUUAGAGGGUGGAAAAGGCAUCUACCAAAAACUUUGUUCAUCCAGGAUAAUCCUAUAUGAAGAAAACACAUCCAUUUUACAUUGAUACCGUUUUGUCUGCUGGAUUAAUAGACAUUUCGACUGUAGGAUAACAAACAUAACCAUUUUAAGGAUGCUACUUUUAAAACACCAAGUAAUAAACAAGACCCAUUGCUGUUAAA